CCCAAGUGUCCCGGGGUGUCCAAGGGUGUCCCGUCCCAGCGGUCUCGGGGCUGGUGUCUCCUCUGGCGGUGCUGCCGAGCGGCGCGGGCUCCUGUCUCCUGCGCGCGGUUCCUCGCUGGAAGCCCGUCCCGCGGGUCCAUGAGGGUGUCGCCGCUCUGAGGGAGCCCGAGAGCAAGGAAAAACAAUUCCACGAUGAAACGUGAAGAAUUUUUGGAAGUUGUGUCUAAAGAGUCAAUUGAAGACUUCCUGCAUUACACUCAGAAUCCUAAAAAUACAGUUGAUCGUUUUGACUUGAACGAACUCCUUCAAGAAUUGCCAAGAAAAAAGAAGGAAGUGCUAUGGGAGAGACUGACACAGCUGUUGACAGAGAACUUGAUGGAGAGCCCUGUGGAAACGUGGCAGAGGACUGGAGAUGAUAAAAGUGAUGAUCACAUGGAAGUCGAGAUAACUCCAGAAAUUAAACAAACUGUAGCAGUGAUCCAAGGAGUGACAGCUGUCGUGACUGCUUCCAUACCUGCAGUGGAUGAAAAUGUAAACUACAAAGCUCUUCUAGAAUGUGUUUUUAUAUUAAAUGGUAUUCUUCCUGCAUUACCUGCAUCUGAAAAAAUCUUACAGGAUGCUAUCCAACGUGUAUGUGAAAUGUGGUGGCAGAAGGGACUGGAAGGGAAGGAGGUUCUGGGGAAGACUCUAUUUAUCAUUCUGCUAAGAAAAAGCCUGCAUAAAGCUGCUGUGGGUGCAGAUAUAGUUCGUCUGUGGAAUCUACAUCAGGCAUUACUUUGUUUUGAUUAUGAUUCAGAGGAGAGUAAUGAAGUCAAGGACUUGUUGCUUCAGUGUUUUAUGAGUGUAAAACACAUUAAGAAAGAAGAGGGAAGAAGAUUCCUGAGUUUUUUGUUCAGCUGGAAUAUAAACUUCAUUAGGAUGAUACAUGGAACUGUUAAAAACCAAUUACAGUUCUUUCCAAGAUCCUUGGUGGAAUACAUUGCAGAAGUUUACUUCAGGUCCUGGAAGAAGGUAUCAGGAGAAUUCAUAGAGGAACUGGAACAUAACUGCAUCCAGGAUUUCAUGCAUCAUGGAAUUCAUCUUCCCAGAAGUUCUUCUGUUCAUUCUAAAGUUAGAGAGAUGCUGAGUUAUUUUCAUAAACAAAGUAGAGUUCGUCAAGGAGUAGAAGAAAUGCUCUAUAGAUUGUAUCAGCCUAUCCUUUGGAGAGCACUGAAGGCCAGAAACUCAGAAGUUCGAGCAAACGCAGCAUUUUUGUUUGUUGAUGCUUUUCCUCUUCGUGAUCCCAGUUUUGAUGCUGAAGAGAUGGACAAUGAAAUUCAGAAACAGUUUGAAGAGCUUUUUAGUCUCUUAGAAGAUCCUCAUCCAGUUGUCCGCUCUACAGGGAUCCUUGGAGUUACUCAGAUAACAUCCAGAUACUGGGAGAUGAUUCCUUCAGUAAUUGUUGCUGAUCUUUUAAAAAAGAUAACUGGGGAGCUGGCAUGUGAUGUAUCAUCUGCUGAUGUUCGAUGCUCUGUAUUUAAAUGCCUACCAGUAAUUUUGGACAACAGCCUAAGCCAUCCAUUACUGGAACAGCUCCUGCCAGCGACCAAACACAGCCUUCGUGACAACUCGGAGAAGGUGCGAGUGGCUUACGUCGACAUGCUGCUGAAAAUUAAGGCUACCAAGGCUGCUAAGUUCUGGAAUAUCUGUCCCAUGGAGGAUAUUCUGACUCGUCUUGAGGUGGAUUCACGGCCCGUGUCCCGGCGCAUAGUGAACCUCCUGUUCAACUCCUUCUUUCCCACCAACCAACCCGAGGACGUGUGGUGUGAGCGCUGUGUCACUCUCAUCCAGAUGAAUCCAGCAGCAGCCAGAAAGUUCUAUCAAUAUGCUUAUGAAUAUACUGCCCCCACCAAUAUAGCUAAAUUGAUGCUCACCAUUCGGCGCUGCUUGAACGCCUGCAUCCAGAAAGCAAGGAAGGAGAGUCUGGGUGAUAGUGGGGAGGAUGACAAUGAUGAAAGCGAAAAGGAGAACACAAGUGUGUUGGAUAAUGUGUUGUCCAUAAAUGAUGUGGCCAGCAUGGCAAGUUUGUUGGAGAUUAUUGUAAUUCUCUGGAAAAGUAUCUACAAAGCACUAGAACACAAUGAAGAGGUCAAAGAUUAUGCUAUCAGGAAAUUUGCUUCUGUACUUCCUGAAUAUUUUAAAGUAUUUAAGGACGAGCGUUGCGUGACUCCAUUGGUUAUUCUGGCAUCCUUUAUGCCCAUUGCUGCUGUUCCUACAUUCAGCUGUGGUGUGAUUUCCAGACUCAGAAAUAUUAACAACGGAGCUGACCAAAGCAAAUAUUCUACCCUGAUCGACUGCAUGUGUUGCUGGGGUCAAGUGGGGCGUAUUAUGGAAUUAGCCUGUGAUUGGUUGUCUGACACACUGACCCCAAGAAAGAACGUUAAAACAUCUGGGCGCCGAGUGCAGCUCCACGUAACACAGGAAUCAAAACCAGAAUUGGCAAUUGAUUACCUCGACUAUUUAUUGACUCAUCCUGUCAAUCGUGACUGCCUCCUUUCUGUUCAUAAAAAGAAACUGAAGAAACUUCUGAAAACCCUCAGUGCUGCAAAGAGGGUUCUUGGCUCAAUCCUUAAAGGAACUAAUGCAGAUUCUGGUAGCUGGAAUCAAGCAACUAGUCUAAGAGCCUUCAGCCUCUUUUGCAGAUUGAGUAUUCAUCUUCAGCACAAGUUUUCUGGAGAAGGAGAUUGCCUCUCGCUUUUGAAGGAGACAGGUGCUUGGAUAGAAAGUCAAGUUGUACCUUUUAUACUAUCAAGUGAUCAAGAGGAUGGUAUUUCAAAACACAGUAGUGUUUCUGAAUUAAUUAUCCAGGCCUACCUGACAGUAUGUAAAGAUGUCAUAAUGGUUGGCCUUGGAAAUCUCACGUUUCAAGCACAUGUUCUAGAUAUGGCUCUUCCAAUUAUACAGACAGAGAGAGGUGGCUUAUGUGCUCCAGUAUUGCUGUGUGCUCUAAAAGAAAUUGUUGAAGCUUCUUUAACUCAGAAUACUGAGACAGAUGAAGUGGCAAAUCUUUUCCACACUGUACAGAACGUCUUGCAGAAAGUUUUGGAAUGUGUGGCACAUAGACUCAAGAAACAGCAGGAAGAAGGGAUUCAGUUGAUUCACGCUAUUCAGAUGCCUCUUGGAGAAUUCAUUCACGCACUGCAGUGCUGGCAUUCAUCAUUCCCAGCAGUGCACCAGGGUGUACUCUCCACUCUCCUGGCUGCAGUAGUAGCAGACAUAAAUUGUGUGCUACAGAUGGCUUCCAGUGAAAAAGAUGUCACUAUACCAAGGACUGUUUCAGACCUUCCCCCUCUUUCAAGCAGUUUAAUGGCCAUAAUUAUGAAGUCAGUUAAUGUUGUCAGGUCAUUUUUAAAUGAAUUAAUGGAAUGCAUCCUCUCUGAAGAAAUUAAAGGGAUUUUUAGUCUAACAGCUUCUGUCAGCAUUGUGAUGAUAAUUAAAGGUAAGAACAAACCUGCACUUGUAAAGGAUGUUGCACCUGCCCUUCGAGGGAAGCUGAUGGUGUGCAGUGAGGCCACAGAGGGAUCCAGCAGCACUGAAAGAUUGCUGUGUGAAUCAUCUCUGAAAAUUUUGGAUGAAUUUUUAAAUCCUUGUCCACGCCAAGGCUUUUGUCAUGCAAAUUAAAGGAAGACGUAUUGCUUUUUAAAAAAUAUUAUCUUGUAAAAUUAUGAAUAAGCAAAGUUUAUUUUCUGCUAUGCUGUACAUUUAAAGCAAGGAAUAUGUAUAAAGGUGUGUAUAAAUAUUAUGAAAUAGUAAAGACUGCUCAAAAGCUGCAAAGAA